CUUCAGUUGCCAGCGCGAUUUUGAAUGGAUUGUACGCGCGGCGAGUUCUCAAAAGUCGUGUUUUCAAGCCGAUAUACAUGUGCAUAUAUAUACAUAUAUAUUACAUAUAGUAACUGAAGAAUCCCAACGAAAGAUCAAAGAUUGAUAGUAAGCACAGCAACAUGAAAAUCUAAAGGAAAAAAACAGACUGCGUGCGUGUGUGCAAUAUAUGAAAAAAUAUAGUCCAAUAAAAAAUCUCUGAAUUUUUUGAUUUUUUCGAUUUUUUCAAUUUUUGUUUUAUUUUUGUGUGUGUGUUUGUUUGGUAUGCUAUCAAAUGAAAAUUGUGUGCAAUAAGCGGCGAAUGCAGGCCAGCAGCAGCAACAACAACAACAGCAAUACCAACGGAGGCAACUGCGGCAAUUACUUCAAUCGUAUGCAGGCGGCAUUCUAACUGUAAAGCACUUGGCAACGGUCAACGGCAGAGACAGAGGCAGAGGCAGAGGCAGCUGCAAGUGGAACGCACAGGAGCAACAUCAUUAGCCGGCACUUGAUUGCAUCAGCUUGGAGGCACGAGAUCUAGGCACUGGAUAUCUGAAAUCGGAUAUCGACAACCAGAUGCUGCAGAACCAUGGCGGCAAUUACUAGCAAUGUGUCGCGAUUGGAGCCAAUGCGCGGUAUUUCCAUAAUCAUUGAAUCGCCAGAAGUGGCAACGGCAACACCACCACCAGCAACAACAACCGCAACUGCCGAAGCAGAAGCCGCAACAAAACAAGUAGCACCAACUGCCAAGAGCAACAGCAACACUGAAAUGUCGCUCAAGUCACAGGCUGCUGGCAUGUUGCUGGCAUUUGGCGACACAGCAGCAACAGCCAAAGAUAAUUUGGAAACUAGUUACGACACUGCAGCAAAGUCGACAGCAGCACCAGAGACCAACAAAAUCUAUCCGCAGUUACUGUUGCGCAUUGGCGGAGAAAUUGCCGGUGCAACAGCAUCAGCAGAAGCAGCAGCAUCAGCAGCAACAGCAGCAGCAGCAACAGCAACAUCACCGACCAUAAUCAGCUGCAAUGGUGAAAUUGCCGCCAGUCAAGCAGCAGCAACAGCAGCGGACACAGCGGCAACAUUGCAACACAACAAUACGGUGAAGAUUCAAAUCGAAAGCCAGGGUCAGCAGCGAACACUGGGCAAGCAGAUAAGUGUGGUGAAGCUGAACGAGGGCGUGGAGGAGAUGCAGCAGCACAUGUGCUAUUUGGUGGACACCAGUGGCCAGUACUCGCCCUGCGAGACCUUGGACAGUGGCACGGGCAGCGAUCUGGAGAAUCAUCCGCAGCAGCAGCAGCAGCCGCAACAGGUGAGAUCACCGCAACUGGAGCUUCAUCUGCAGACCACGCGGCUGAUGGUCAACGAGGAGGCGGACCAUAAGCACAGCCCGCUGGAGACGCCGAGUCCCGUUCCGAAGCGAGCAUAUAGCCUCACCGAUGACAGCGAGGAAUGCGAUGAGAGCAGCAACUCAUCGCUAAGCUGCGAUUCCCUGCACUCUGGUGGCCUGCUGCCCACUACCCUGCUGCGGGAUAUUCGAUUCAGGGAACGAGCGUCCGGUCCUCUGGUCACCAAAAUCAAUGGCAGACCAUUGCAAUUCGAAACGGAUGGCUAUUACACAUUCCAUGUGCGCGAACACGAGAAUUUCCGGAGUUUUGGUUCCAAUUCCUCGACGGAAUACGAAGCGCAGCACUUUACGGAUGAGCAGCCGGGUGAGGAUUUUGUUGGCUUUCGUGACAUUCGAACGGCGGGCAAGCUCGCCGGCAAUUCUACAAUUAAAUCCGCCAAGGGAACCGUACGGGGCGUCAAGAAUCGUGUGCGCAAUGGAGUAGCCACCUUCUUGCAACUGCAACAGCCCAAUGUCAAGAACUAUAUGGAGAAGGAUGUGGGCAAAGUGGUUUUGUACACCACCAGCAUGGGCAUCAUCAGGGACACAUAUGCCAAGUGUGCCAAUGUUAAAAAGAUUCUGCGCACACUGCUAAUUAAAUUCGAGGAGAGGGACAUUUUUAUGAGCGUGGAGUAUCAGCAGGAAAUGCGCGAAAGGAUGCAGGACGAGACCAUCCGGGUGCCACAGCUCUUCGUCGAGGGUCAGCUCAUCGGGGAUGCCAAUAUCGUUGAGCGUCUGAAUGAAAGUGGUGAGCUGCGACAGCUGUUGAGACCGUAUAAAUCGAUUGCCACGGCGUAUACGUGCCAAACUUGCGGCGGAUAUCGCAUGCUGCCGUGCCCCGCGUGCAACGGUUCCAAGAAGUCAAUGCACCGGAAUCACUUUACGGCGGAGUUUGUGGCACUAAAAUGCAUGAAUUGCGAUGAAGUCGGGCUGAUUAAAUGCCCGAAUUGCUGAGGAAAACGCUACAAAGCUUUUUUCUAGCUAUAGUGCUUUUUUUUUCUAUCUAUAUCGAAGACAUAUUUUUUUUUUUUGUGCGCAACUUUUGUAGUCGCUUAUUAUUAACAGUUGUGAUAUUUGAGAGCAGUUAGAGCCGAUAAGGAGCGGCCGAAACGGAUGCGAAACGAAAAGGAACGGAACGGAACGAAACGGAACGGAAACGACACACACACACACACACACACACACACACACACACAUAAAACAUGUUCACGUAUGUGAAUCGAACAAAUAAAAAACGAAUUAGGCAUUAUG